AGAGUCCGAGACCGAGGAAGAGAGAUGGCAUUCGGAGACGGAGAAGAGAUCAGACUGCUGGUGGAUGACCGUGGGAUGUCUUCCCCCUGUUCUCCUGCUGCUGCUUCCAUGUGUCUCUGCAGGAUAUGCCAUGAGGAGGAGGAAGAGAGGUCCACGACCAUGGAAUCCCCCUGUGCUUGUUCCGGAACCCUAAAGUUUGCUCACAGGGAAUGCAUUCAGAGAUGGUGCGAUGAGAAGGGAAGCAAUGUCUGUGAGAUAUGCCUUCAGAAAUUUGAACCUGGAUAUACCAUUCCUGAGAAGAAGGCCUCGGUUGAUGCGGCUGUGACCAUCAGAGGAAGCUUGGAGGUGCCCAGGCUCAAUUAUGACCCUCACAACCCAGAGUUCAUCAGUGACAAUAAUUCCGACUUUGAGUGCGCAGAGGUCUCUCCUGCAUCGCGCAGGCAUGCCUCGUACAUCCGAUCGAUCGCCCUCAUGUUCAUGAUCGUAUUGGUGAUCAGAAAUCUCGUUGCUGUAAUCACUGUUGGUGCCGAUCACUAUGCAUCUACCGUUCUCACUGUGUUUUUGCUGAGAGCCAGCGGAAUCCUACUGCCAUUCUACUUGGUGAUGCAGUUCGUUUCGGCAUUGCAAGAAGCACAGCAGCAGGAUCAGCUGCGGCGGUUCCAUAUAGUAGAUGCAUGGACCAGUCAUAGAUCGGAAGAAGAGGAGCACAGGAUCCAAAUACCUUCUUGACCGACCAAAUCUUGACAUCACUCAAUAUUUUGUGAAAUCUUUUUUUUUAUUCUUCUCUCUGUUGAGUUUCUGAUUUCAUAGUACAUUUGUAUACUUCCCUUUGCCUAAAUCUCCACGGUUAGUGGAAUUACCCCUCAAUUCCUUUUGUUGUUAUCAAAGGAAAUGAAAAGAAGAAAGAAUUUACCA